AUGUAUGUUUCUUUGGCGGCAUGUAAAGAAGGAUUCUUGGCAGGAUGCAGGCCAAUGAUAUGUGUUGAUGCCUGUUUCAUUAAGACCAAACGGGGUGGGCAAUUGCAUGCCGCCAUCGCCCGUGACGGUAAUGAUGACAUAUAUCCCAUUGCAUAUGCGGUAUGCGAGACCGAGAACAAGGAUACAUGGACAUGGUUCUUGGUCCAACUGUUAGAGGAUAUUGGUUAUCCGCAGGAGCAUAUGUGGUCGUUCAUGUCGGACCGACAAAAGGGGCUAAUCGAUGCUCUGGAGGACCUAAUGCCCGGUCUCGAGCAUCGUUAUUGUGUCAGGCACUUGUAUGCAAACAUGAAGGGGAAGGGAUGGAAGGGGAAAAAGUUCAAAGAUGCGUUAUGGGGUGCAACACCCAAUAAAGUCCAAUUUAAGUACUAUCUUGUCAUUGGAGAGAUGGACAAAAAAGCUCUCGAGUACACUGAGAGGGUUGACCCAAAAAUGUGGUCAAGGCAUGCAUUCCGAACCACCAGCUGCAGUGACAUCUUACUGAAUAACAUCGUCGAGAGCUUCAAUGCUUGGAUUGUGAAGAAGUUGGAGAGGAACAAGUUAGAGGCAAAGAACUAUAUUUGUCGUUGGAGCAAUCAGAUGCAAUUUGAGGUCGAUAAUGCCCAUGAGCCUCAGCGGGUGGUGGAUCUUCAACGACAAACGUGUGGCUGUGGGAGGUGGCAACUUAAUGGGAUUCCUUAUCCACAUGCAGUUUGUGCGAUAUACCUCAAUAAAGGAAAACCUGAGACUUAUGUCGGCCAUUGGUACAUGAUGGAUACAUACAGAAAGUCCUAUGCCUCCGGGGGUGUGGAACCUAUAGAACCACUGCAGCCAAAGAAACAGCGUGGGAGGCCCAAAAAACAGAGGCAAAGAGGAGUUGAUGAGCAGCUAGACGAGAGCAUUAAAGUGAGUCGCAAGGGCUACGAUGUGCGGUGUGGAAAUUGUGGUGAAAAGGGGCACAAUGCUAGGAGUUGCCACAAACCCGACAACCCAAAUAGGAAGAAGUAUCCCAAGCAGCCUAAGAAACCGAAGGGAAGCACAUCCAAUGCAUGCCCAUCAAGGGCAGGGCCAUCAGGUGCAGGCACACCAGAUGAGGGCGCAGGCCCAUCUGCCCCUGCAAGUCCAUCAGGUGCAGACCCAUCUGCCCCUACAGGUCCAUUAGGCGCAGGCCCAUUUGCCCCUGCAGAUCCACCAGGUCAACUGGCAAGGACACGUCGAAGACAAAGAAUACCUCAAGGAACAAGCAUCCAUUGA